AUGCCUACUUCUCACCUUCGGGCAUCGAUAGAGGCUCGAAAUGCCAAGAAAAAAGCUAUGGAAAACGCUGUUUGGCUGCCAAAAUUAACCAGAAAAGUUCAUCAAGCUUCACCAGUAACUCAACUAGGAAGUUCAGGUGCUGGCAGUAACCAUCAGAAACAGAGGAAAAUCAGCACCAACAAGGAUGCACUGAGCAGAAAAGCAGAAUUGCCUCCAGAUGUAGUUGCUCGCAGUGACAAGAGCCUGCCUUUGAAGAUAAAGCGGCAGCAUACCUUCGUGGACGAUGAACACAAUGAGGAAUCAAGUGCCGAUGCGGAAAAGGAAGUCUUACUCAUGCUAGUGCACAGGCUUGUAUCGACCUCACAAGCUUCGGCACACAUAUGCGAUGCUGGAUGUAAGAAUGGUCAAGACUUGGAUGCUGACGAGGAGAGUGAAGGCGAGGACCAAGAGACCACUGCCAUGAGGCUCGCUGAUGAGGUCCCUUCGUUUGUCACCAACUCGGGUGACAAAAAGAUGAAGCCACACAAUGUUCAAUCAUGCAGCAAAAGCAAAUCUCAGUCUGCUCAAUCUGCUCGAGAUCGCAAACAAGCAGCUGAGAUUCCGACCUGGUGCAACAAUGAUGGUUCUGAGCAUACCGAUGAAACUACUACUCAGUGUGGGGGAUCCAAAGAGGCCUACUCUAGUGAUAUUGGAGGCACUACAGUCACCUCCACCACACCUGCGCCCAAGAGUACUGCUCGUCUCAUUCGAUAUGAGACUGGGAAGGUGAAACUACUUGAUCAAAAUCAAGAGACUUGCUGA